CCACGAAAAAAGCGUGCCAAAAUUAUGAGUGCUUGUGGAGAAUGUCGACGUAAAAAGACAAAAUGUAAUGGAGAACAACCUUGUCGUAAUUGCCAAAAAUCAAAUGCAACUUGCAUUUAUCUUACAGCUGCUCAAUUAGAUGACAAAAGAAAUCAUGGACCCUCAAAAGCAGCUUUAGAAGCUAUAGAAGAUAGACUAAAAGCUAUCGAGGACAUGCUUAGAACUAUCUUACAGUCUCAUAACACUGAACCACAUCAUAUGAAUAGAUUACCUUCUAUACAUGACCUUUCAGCU